AUGGCUUCACGUAAGAAGGUGCUCCUCAAGGUCAUCAUCUUGGGAGACUCUGGUGUCGGCAAGACAUCACUGAUGAACCAAUAUGUCAACAAACGCUUCUCGUCCGCGUACAAGGCCACCAUCGGCGCAGACUUCCUCACUCGCGAAGUCAUGGUCGACGACCGACUCGUCACUAUGCAGCUCUGGGAUACCGCCGGUCAAGAACGCUUCCAGUCGCUCGGUGUCGCCUUCUACCGGGGUGCCGACUGCUGCUGUCUCUGCUACGACGUCAACAACGCGAAAUCGUUCGAGACGCUCGAUUCGUGGCGCGACGAGUUCCUCAUCCAAGCCGCACCGCACGAUCCCGAGAACUUCCCCUUUGUUGUGCUCGGCAACAAGAUCGACGUCGAAGAGAGCAAACGCAUGGUCUCGCAGAAGCGCGCCAUGACCUGGUGCCAGUCCAAGGGAAACAUCCCUUACUUCGAGACCAGCGCAAAGGAGGCCAUCAACGUCGAGCAGGCGUUCCAGACCAUUGCGCGCGCUGCACUCCAGCAGGAGGCCGAGGCCGAGUUGUACGCUGACUACCCGGACCCGAUUCGCAUCGACCAGGACAACCAACAGAGCGGUUGCAACUGCUAG